AUGGAAUCCAUGAUGUCCAUGAUGCCGGGCAUGUCCAUGGGGGACGCCAUGACAAAUACGGCAACGGCGACGACGGGUUCUCUGUCUACAACGGCAACGGCUACAGCCAGCGCCAUGAUGGCUAGCAUGACUGGUGUAUCUGGCACCACCAUGAGCGGUAUGAUGAAUGGAUGCAAGAUAUCAAUGCUCUGGAAUUGGUAUACCGUAGAUACCUGCUUCCUUUUAACGGCGUGGAGAAUACGGUCGGGCGGCGGCUUUGCCGCCUUGUGCAUUGGCGUUAUUCUCAUGACUAUAGUCCUGCAGGCGCUCGGCUGGCUCGCCAAGUUCUACGACCAGCGUCUCGUCCAGCAGGCCAAGCAAGCCGCCAUCCAUGCCGGGACGAGCGACUCGUUGAUUGCCAAGGACGGCCACCACGUCUCCUCCCCGUCGUCGUUUCGACCGAAUAUCACUCAGCAGGCCGUCCGGACCCUGGUACGCACCGCGCAGUUCGCCAUGGCGUAUUGGAUUAUGCUGUUGGCCAUGUAUUACAAUGGCUAUGUUAUUAUUUGUAUCAUUUUGGGAUCUUUCAUCGGCAUCUAUUUCUUUCAAUGGGAUAGAUUGGGAGGGCUGCCGGGCUAUGCGCCGGAAACGCAUCCAGAACCUACUGGUUGUUGUGGGUGA